AUGGGCGCCGGUCCGCUCGUCGCUGAGCUCGUUGCAGUGUUUGUGUUGACGGCAUUGCUUCUGAACAAGUAUGCUGAUUGGCGGCGCCACCACUUUAUUGUGACACUGUCGACAUUUGUUGGCUGGUAUUUUUCAUUUGUGAUAAUUUUCGUGCUCCCGCUCGAUGUCGCAAUUACAUUCUAUAAUAGAUGUGAGGUAGAACAAGCUCGUCUAGUAAAUUCCACAUUAGGAGAGCCCGCAUACUGUGAGAAACCUGGCGGCUACAUUGCUGACACUGUUUUAUUGUGCCUGUGGAGGAUUGUUUACUGGAGUGCACAAGUGCUCACCUGGCUCGUACUUCCUUUUAUGCAAAGCUAUGUCAAUGCAGGAGAUUUCACUGCAUAUGGGAGAGUGAAAGCGGCUCUUUUCAACAACGCUAUAUAUUACGGACUGUAUUUGCUCGUUUUCGCUUUGUUGCUUGUGUAUGCCAUCAUCAAAGGUGUUGUCAUCAACACAGAACAUCUCAAGGUUAUUCUUGUUUCUGCUUCUAAUACAUGGGGAUUGUUUCUGCUUGUCGUAUUGCUUGGCUAUGGAUUUGUUGAACUUCCGCGAAGUUUAUGGCACAUGGGAAGUAGAGAUUAUCGCCUCAAUAAGACCUACUUUAAUAUCGACAAGAUGUCUGUUGACAAAAGCGAGGCCGAGGAUGGGCUAAAGGAAACAUACAGAGAGGCUCGGGCGGUCCUCAACAUCCUAAAAAACGAACAUGGAUCGAGAGAGAAGGCUCAAAUAAUCAUGUCCAAAUUCCCUGAUGAGGUGAUCGAUGAAUUGUUUCCUGCUCGAAAUGCGAUGGAGUUCAGCAGUCUAAGUGCUGCUGAUUUGCACAGUGUCAACUCAGAAAAAUUCCUGAUUCGACUGCAUAAACGAGUUAUUUCGGCCGUUCAAUAUCACCAUCGGACGAAAGCACAGUGGAGUUCUCUUAUGGAACAAGCUCUUUUUCUUGAGGACAUUUCUCAGGCGGAGCUCUCCGGUCGACUUGAAACGAAGUCAUGUUUAUACGCUCCAGAAAGAGUUCGAUAUUUCUGGCUCGUCAUUGCCCAGAGACCUUUAUGCAUGGUACUAUCCAUCUUUUUGACUUGCAUGACCGUUUUAAUCUUGAUCAGUGAGUGCACUUUCUUCAUAGUAAAUCCAACGCUUACACCUGCUGGAAUAAUCGUGGACUACGCGGCAAAAAGAUUCCACUACAAAUAUACUCAGAUUGUUGCGAUGACCAUUAUUUGCUAUCUAUGUUCGUGCGCAUACUUCACUGUCUUCCGACUCAAAAUCUAUCAGUACUAUCAUCUAGACCCAAAUCGACACACUGAUGGAAACAGCUUACUUUUCAGUGCUAUUUUGCUUUGUCGUUUGACUCCUCCGAUUUGCCUCAAUUUCCUUGGAAUGAUUCAUUUGGACUCUCAUAUAACCAUGGUAAAGGACUUCGGGGUAGAAACUCAGUUUACGAAGCUUAUGGGACAUCUGGACGUGAUUCCAAUCUUGGCGAAGGGAAUCAACAUAUACCUACCUAUAUGUAUUUUGAUCUUCUGUGCAAUCACGUACUACAAGCUUGGGACGUAUCUCCUACACAAUCUAGGCUUUGACCAAUUCAUAGCCUCAGACGAGUUCACGCAAGACAUGGUUUCUGCUGGUCGUGCAUUGGUACAGCUAGAACGCAGCUCUUAUAAUAGGCAUAAGGAGCGUCGGCGUCGGGAUGAAGAGUGGUCUGGUCGUCUAGGAGCACUACGUUCCAACCGGAGGCAUGUCCCUGAGGACGAGCAGCCAAUUAUUUCCGCAGAGGAAGGGAAUGCAGAACACGAUUCGUGGGUUCUUCCUCCGCCAGUUGAUCGCGGCAGUAGUCCGAGGAAGCCUCAUCCUUCACCAAGCAACAUUUUUGAUGACAUGUGA